AUGAAGGCAUCAAUUAGACUAUUAAAACACACGAUAAAGUUUGUGGGAGGACCCCACCCUGUUCCAAAACCUCAUGCAGCAGGGCCACACCCACUUGCACCAAAGGGAGUUGUACCAGGAUCAGUUGGUAUGUCAUCUUCAUCAUCAUCAUCAUCCAGUGGAUCUCAAUCUAGAAGUUUCCACCACAAGAGUCCAGUUGAGCCUCAAAAUGGAGAAUUCUUUUCGAGAAGUGAGUUGCCUAAAAGAUUCAGAUACCCAACUAUAAAAGAUUGGGAGAUUGAUCAGGUAAGUAGUGGAGGUGCUGAUGUUGUGUUUUAG